AUGGAAGAAGCAAACAUCCCUUUCUUUCAUGUUGAUAUUGCAUCUGAAGUUUUGUCACAAUUGUCUGCGAAGGAUCUUUCUUCAAGCAAGUGUGUCUCUAAAGGAUGGAAUUCGUUUAUUAGUAGUCCUUCAUUCUUGCUUAUACUUUCUAAACAGGUAGAACGAGAAGGACCUUCCGGGCUUUUCUUUCAAAUGUUCAAGGAUAAUGUAGAUUGUGUUUCUAGACCAAUCACAUACAUUCCUAUUCACAAGAACAAAUCAUUCAUCCAAAAUAACAUAUUGAAUUUUCUUCCAGAGGAAGUUGUUAUCAUGUCUUCGUGUAAUGGGCUUCUCUGUUGCCGGAGUUGCAUCCAUCCUAUUGGUGAUAUUUAUAGAAGAGUGCGAAAUAGGGAGGCAAGGGAACUGGUGAUAUACAUUUGCAAUCCAAUGACUAAAGAAUGGAUUGCAUUGAAGCCAGAAGGGUGUGUUGUUGGUGAUAGCAUUGGAUUAGCUUUCUAUCCAUUUGGUUAUUCAUUAAACACUCGCCCUAUUUUCAAGUUGGUAAGCAUUCAACAAUCAAAAGUGGAUCCACAUUUGUAUUCAUUUGCAGUGUACUCCUCACAGAAAGGUAGUUGGACAACUUCAAAAGAGGUUUGCCAUUGCAGAUAUCAAAUUUACAAAAACAAUAAAGUUUUCGUUGGCAAGAUGUUCAAUUGGCUAACUCAGAACCACCAUAUUUUGAGUUUUGAUGUUGAAAGAGAGCUUUCUAAGGUGAUUAAGUUACCUGGUGAAGCUUCAAGUUCACUCACUCUUGGAUGUUCAGAAGGAUAUCUCCAUUAUGUGUGUGUGCAUGGUGAAGAUUUUAGUGUGUGGAUGUUGAAAGAUUAUGCCUCAUCUAAGUGGGAGCUCAAGUACCAGGUGACAUUGGUUGAUAUAUGUCAAGAAAGUUAUACAGAUUUGACUCACUGUAAUGUAAAAAGGCGCUUGCUUUUGGCUUUCCAUGAAGAUUUGUUGUUUAUGCCAAUGGAUAGGUGUUUGUUCUCAUACAAUUUUAGAAGUUGGAAACUGCAGCAGCUUUGCUAUAUAUCUAUGCUACAAGAUUUAAUUUUGUCGAAUCCAACUGUGAUCCCAUAUUCCAUUAGCUUGACAGCUGCAGGGGUUUUCAAGGAAGAUCAAAGUGAUGAGAACAAGUCAAGUGAAGAUCCGAGGGAUGUUUCAUCCUUGAAAAUUUCAAAAAGAAAAAGGACAUGUUAG